AUGUUCAAAUCCUUAGAGCCAGAAGCAACAAACGCAUGCUUCAAAUCCUUCACACCAAUGUUCUUCACAUUGAACCCAACAUUGUAUUCAGAUAAAACUUCGAUGACAGGUUCAUUGUACGCAAGCAAACAUUGUCCAGUUCAACACGGAUCUACCGAAUGUGGCUACUACAUGCUAAGGUUCAUGAAGGAGAUAGUGGAAGAAGGAAUUGAAGUGUUGGUCAAAGACAAUAUCGGGGAUGGCAAAGUUGAGUACACACCUAAAGAUAUCGAUGAGAUACGUGAAGAAUGGUCAGAAUUUGUUACAGGCUUCAUUUAUCGAUGA